UCUGAAUGCUUUGAGAAAUUCAAGGAGUAUCAGGUAGUUGGGGAGAAGCUUCAUGGUAAAAUUAUCAAUUCCCUUCAAUCUGAUCAAGGUGGAAAAUACCUCUUUGGCGUGUUAAGGACAUACUUGUCGGAAGCUGGGAUUGAAUCCCAACCGACUGGACCCAGCACGCCCCAACAGAUCGGG